ACUGAUAUGUGCUAAUUUAGGUCGAUCGUAUUUACUAUAAACAAACGUAGUUUUGUUUUGCUAAAAAUAUUUUUAAUUAUUAAAAGAAUUUGUUUUAAUAAGAAGAUUAAUAAGAGAUGCCGUGUAUCCCAACACAGUUUGUUACUUUUAUAAAUUUUGGAAUUUUAUUUAAACAUUGCUUUAGCAAAAUGGUACCUAAAAAUCGCCUAGUAGAUAGAAUUGCUCUUGUAACAGGAUCAACAAAUGGCAUAGGCUUAGCUAUAGCAGAACGAUUAGCACAAGAGGGAGCAAAAGUUAUUGUAUCUAGCAGGAAAGAGGAAAACGUUAAAGACACCGUCAAAAAACUUAACGACAAGGGUUUAUUAGUGACAGGUGUCACCUGCCAUGUUGGAGAUGCAGAGCAAAGAAAAUUACUGGUAAAAGAAGCAGAAAGACUUGGUGGAUUAGAUAUUUUAGUCCAAAGCGCAGGUGUAAAUCCAUUCAUCGGUAAUGUCCUGGAUUGUCCCGAAGAUAAGUGGGAUAAAAUAAUAGACACAAACCUUAAGGCUUCUUUUAUGUUAACCAAAGAAGUAUUUCAUCUCCUAAAGAAGAGUAAAUACGGACGAGUGAUCUACAAUGGAUCUGUUUCAGCCUAUACGGCACACGAAAAUUUAGGAGCUUACCCAAUCAGCAAAGGAGCUUUAAUAUUGUUAACUAAGCAGGCUGCUUUUCCCUUGGGGGCGUAUAAUAUUACUUGUAAUUGUGUAGUACCUGGGGUAAUCAACACCACAUUUGGUAAUGUAUUAGUAGACAGUAAAGAGUUCCAGCCUUAUUUCAAGAGGAUGACACCGUUGAAAAGAUUUGGAGUACCUGAAGACGUAGCUGGUGUAGUUGCUUUUCUUGCAUCAGACGACGCUGCAUAUGUCACUGCAGAAGCCAUUACGGUGGCAGGUGGCUUUCCAAGCAGAUUAUAAAUAACAAAAUAAUAUUUCAAUUCAUAUAAAGACUUAUAUUGUUAUAGGUUACAAAUUUAACGAGUAUUAAAUAUUUUGUAUUUUUUAUUUGAUCAUUGGUUGUUGAAUAAAUCUUUGUAUUUAAA